ACUAAUUGUUGUAAUCUAUGGAAUACUUUAAACAUGGCGAACGGAAUUUUUGCUAGGUUAUGUCGAGUAUUUAAAACAUUUGAUCAAGCAAUUAAUGUUAUAUUAGGUCACAAAUUUCCACCAGGCAAUUUAUACGCAAUUGAAUAUAAUGCUAUAAAUCAAGUACAACCCACCAAUUUUCCUGGAUUAUCCAUAAAGGAUACCUUAAAAGAAGCAGUUUUGUGGGCUGCACCUACUAAACGACGAACUAUAGAAAAGCGUCUUUCCAGAAGGUUUGGUGUUCCUAAAUAUAAUUGGAAACCAUUUGUUCCAAAAACAAAUAUAUUAAUGUGUAGAAAAUGUGGUCAUGAUUAUAUAGCCGGCACACUUUGCGGAUAUUGUUAUGAAAUAGUAAAAAAGGAAACAAAAGAAAUGCAGGAAGCUAUACAAGAUUCAUUGAAAUUAGAUCCUGUUGAGCAGAAUGUCAUUGUACUAUAUCAAGGAGAAAGAGAAAAACUGAAAGAUAACUUUUGGAAGAAUCAAAGAAUUGUAGAACUGAAUAAAAAGAGGCCUGAUUGGUUUAGUGCAAAUUUACUCCAGCCAAUAUCAGAGGAAUUGCCUGAAUCAGAAGUAACACCUAUAGAUAAAGAUUCAGAUAAUAUCAAGCAGGAUUAAAUUAUUAUUUUGUAUUUAUAACCUGUUUUUAUUUGCAUUAAACAAAUUUAAAUAA